GUGACGCAGGAGUCACAUGACUGUUUAUUCGGACGCAGUAACAAAUCCUACAUCCUGCUGUCGUUCUUUUUAUGUCUUUGCUCGACAUAACUCAGUUCGUAUCACACACAGUCAAUGUUAAGUAGACAAUCAAACAGGUUAUAAAAAAGUUGUCUGGGUCAACAGAGUCGUUGCAUAAUAGGUAGAGGGGAUGGAAGAUGAAGGACCUUCGUCCCAGAGUGAACUUCCACACAGUGAAGAUCUCCAGGUGGCACAGCAGGGAUCACUGACUCUGGAGAGCUCAGCACCUGUCGAGGACGUGUUUGUGGAUAAGAAAGCAGUGGACAAACUGACUGAAGGAUUACUCUCUCACUACCUACCAGAUCUGCAGAACUCUAAACGAGCCCUCCAAGAGCUCACACAAAACCAGCUGAUAUUGUUAGACACACUGGACCAAGAAGUCACCAAGUUCAGAGAAUGUAACACCUUACUGGACCUCAAUUCACUGUUUACAGAGGCGAAGAUUUACCACAGUAAGCUGGUGAACAUAAGGAAAGAGAUGAUUAUGAUCCACGAAAAGACAACUAAACUAAAGAAAAGAGCUUUGAAGCUGCAGCAACAGAAGCAGAAGGAGGCACUGGAGAAGGAGCAGCAACGUGAGAAGGAGCUGGAGAGAGAAAGGCAGCUUAUUGCCAAACCUGCCAAAAGAACAUAGAAACUCCACGUAUGUCUGCUGUGUUGAUGGAACAUACAUGUGGUUUUGCAUGUUUUAGCCUGUUUCUGACAUAUCAGCUCAGAGAUACAUCAGUGUGCGCCAUUUCCCAAAGUGCAAAUGUUUUAAAUUUAAAAGGAUACAUUUUGUCGCAUGUUUGCCUUUGACAGAAUGUUGUAGGCAGUCAGACAGGCAAAGUGAGACCAUGGAGACAGGAGGUGAGAUGCAGGUAGUAUUUCUGACCAGAUCCCAACCAGGAACCACUGGGACCCUGAAGCCCCAGCUUUUUUUUUUUUUAGGUCUUUGAAUGCGUUUCCAUCACACUGAAUAUUGACGUCAACUUUUACUUAUUGUCCAACUUCAAUGCAACAGGUGUGCUUACCACAUACCACAGUGUAGACAAAAAGAGUAGAUAUGACUUUUUACAAGACUAUCUCAAGCAGGUUUUUAUAGUACCGACCAUUUUAACUGGAGCUGUGGAACUUGAGUUCAGGGUUUUUGGCGACAGCUUAUGCAAUCAGAUGUGCUGUGAGAAACUGAAGUUGGUAGAAUAGGACUGAGGUUGGCUUUAAAAAUAUUUCUCUCCAACAGUAUUAAACACUGUACAUGUGUUGCAUCAUUUUUAGUAUUUUGUUUUGGUUGAGAUAUUUGUUGUUAAUCCAAACUGAUAUCUUCUUCCUGCUGUUUCUUAAGCUGUAUGACGACACUCAAACAUAUUUAUAUCUACAGUGGGCAACAAACAAGAACAAGCAAGAAUUUUAAAAUUUGAAAGUGCGAAACAGUCUUUAUUGUAAGAAAUUCAAAAAAGGAAAAAAAAAUAUUUAGAAAUACUUUGGAAAAUGGUUCAUUUCGUAUAAAGUAUUUGUGAUUCUUGGGCUAAAACUUGCAUGAUCACUGGUAUGAUCAUUUAUGUCCGAUAUUGCCAAGAUGAACACAAACCAAAGAUAUGAAGUGUAUCAUGAAAUGCUGGUACUUCCUGUUGUCAACCGUCGAUGAGACACACAAACUCGAGCACUUCCCUGAGAAUGGAACAAAUUACUCAAAGACAUUUUUUGCAGCUGUCGGAGAACGACUGGGAGGAGAAUCGAUGUGUUUGCUUUCUUUUUGUUAAAGUCUUAAUAUAUGUUGCCGCUGGGCUUUCAAGUUCUGUUAGUGUUGAAUGUUAUAAAAUGGAUGUGUUGUUUAAAAUCAGAUAGUUCUGCACUAAACCUAACUGACUGUAUUUCUGUGAUUCAGAUAAACAACAUGGACUGGUUUGUAGCAAAGAGAUUUGUAUGUUUAAUUUUUCCAGAUUUAAUUAAACAUUUUCUGAACUGUACAUUGCA